AUGAGGGGACUCUUCACUGCCCCCCACGCCCGCCUCCACUACCACCCGCCACUGGUGCAACCCUCCAACCGACACGGCACACCGCAGCACCCCCGCGGGCCACUAGGCCCGGGGCAGGACAGAGUCUCCACCUGGAGUGGGCAAUACCCCACCGGCCGACCCCGCAUCGUCGGUUGUACUGUAGACAUCACUGAAGAAGAUCUUCACCCUGAGAUGCACGAUCACACACACGUUAAACAGGAGGAGGAGUUGGAGAUGCCGUACAUCAAACAGGAGACCGAGCCAGAGACCCCCUACAUUAAAGAAGAAGAACAGGAAGAUGAAAUAUCCAAGUUUCCAAAGACUGUCACUGUAAAGAGCGAAGAACAUGAAGGUGCAAGCGAAGAGAGCGGACACCUGACAACAAAAGGAGAGGGACGAUCCGAACCUGACAGCCCCUUAGCUUCGCUUUCGGACAACGACGACGAGUCGGAGUCGGAGAUGCUGUACAUCAAACAGGAGGUGGAGCCGGAGACUCCCUACAUUAAAGAAGAAGAACAGGAAGAUGAAAUCAUUGCAGUGACCGUCGGUGUGAAGAGCGAAGAAGAUGAAGGUCCAAGCGAAGAGGGCGAAGCAGCGAAACAUUGGAGCGACAGCUCAUUUCAACAGCGAACAACAAAAGGAGAGGGACGACUGCAACUGGACGGCCUAUUAGCUCCGCUUUCGGACAGCGACGACCUAACAUCACACUCUUCUGACUUGAACACAGAUGAUGAGGAGGAUGACUUUGACCAAAAUGCUUCAAAAUCCUCAAACAAAUUCACAGAUAAGGGAACUUUAAAGAGACACGCAAGAACGCACACUGGAGAGAAGCCUUUCGGCUGCACCCUUUGCGACAAAAGAUUUUCUCGAAAGACUCUUUUGGAGAUGCAUAAGUGUACACACACUGGAGAAAAGCCUUUUGUCUGCGCAGUUUGUGGUAAAAGAUUCUCCCAGAAAAGAAAUUUAAACAAACACAUACGCACUCACACUGGAGAGAAGCGUUUUGCCUGCGCACUUUGUGACAAAAGAUUUUCUGAGAAGUCUCAUUUAGAAAAUCAUAAGCAUACGCACACUGGAGAAAAGCCUUUUGUCUGCACAGUUUGUGGUAAAAGAUUCACCGAAAAGAGAAAUUUAAACAAACACACAAGAACCCACACUGCGGAGAAGCGUUUUCCCUGCACAGUUUGUGACAAAAAAUUUUCUCAGAAGAUUCAUUUAGAAAGACACAUGCGUAUACACACUGGAGAAAAGCCAUUCGCCUGCUCAGUUUGUCAUCAAAGGUUCUGUCAGAAGGGAACUUUAAGCAGACACGCAAGAACCCACACUGGGGAGAAACUUUUUGCCUGCUCAGUUUGUCAUCAAAGAUUCGCGGAGAAGAGAACUUUAAACAGACACGCAAGAACGCACACUGGAGAGAAACCUUUUGCAUGCUCACUUUGUGAUCAAAGGUUCACUCAGAAGAGACAUUUGGUGUCGCACGCAACAAGCCACACUGAGGAGAAACCUUUGAAUUGCAGAAUGUGCGAUCACACCCAUGUUAAACACGAGGAGGAGUCGGAUAUGCCGUACAUCAAACAGGAGGCAGAGCCAGAGACUCCCCACAUUAAAGAAGAAGAACAGGACAAUGAAAUAAUUGCGGUGACCGUCGGUGUGAAGAGCGAAGAAGAUGAAGGUCCAAGCGAAGAGAGCGGAGCAACGAAACAUAUGAGCGACAGCUCAUAUCAACACCUGGCAACAAAGGGAGAGGGACGUUCCCAACCGGACGAACUAUUAGCUCCGCUUUCGGACAGCGGCGACCUAACAUCACAUUCUUCUGACUUUAACACAGAUGAGGAGGAGAAUGACUUUGACCAAAAUGCUUCGAAAUCCUCAAACAAGCCAUCAUUGAAUAGAGACGCAAAAAAAUGCGCGGAUUGUAAACCUUAUAUCUGCACACUUUGUGACAAAAGUUGUUCUCGGAAAAGUCAUUUAGAACAGCAUAUGCUUACACACACCGGAGAAAAGCCUUUUGUCUGCACAUAUUGUGGUAAAAGAUUCAGCGUGAAGGCAAAUUUAAAAAGACACGUGAAAACACACACUGGAGAGAAGCCUUUUCCCUGCUCAGUUUGUGGUAAAAGAUUCAUAGAUAAGGAGACUUUAAACAGACACUCAAGAACGCACACUGGAGAGAAGCCUUUCGCCUGCUCAGUUUGUGGUAAAAGAUUCACAAAUAAGGGAUCUUUAAAGGGACACGCAAGAACGCACACUGGAGAGAAGCCUUUCCCCUGCACACUUUGCGACAAAAGAUUUUUUCGAAAGACUAAUUUGGAGCUGCAUAAGUGUACACACACUGGAGAAAGCCCUUAUGUGUGCACACUUUGUGACAAAAGUUGUUCUCGGAAAAGUCAUUUAGAACAGCAUAUGCUUACACACACCGGAGAAAAGCCUUUUGUCUGCACAUAUUGUGGUAGAGGAUUCAGCUUGAAGACAAAUUUAAAGAGACACGUGAAAACACACACUGGAGAGAAGCCUUUCCCCUGCUCAGUUUGUGGUAAAAGAUUCACAGAUAAGGGAACUUUAAACAGACACGCAAUAACGCACACUGGAGAGAAGCCUUUCCCCUGCUCAAUUUGUGGUAAAAGAUUCACAUAUAAGGGAACUUUAAAGGGACACGCACGAACGCACACAGGAGAGAAGCCUUUCCCCUGCACACUUUGCGACAAAAGAUUUUUUCGAAAGACUAAUUUGGAGCUGCAUAAGUGUACACACACUGGAGAAAAGCCUUUUGUCUGCGCAGUUUGUGGUAAAAGAUUCCUCCAGAAAAGAAAUUUCAACAAACACAUACGCACUCACACUGGAGAGAACCGUUUUGCCUGUGCACUUUGUGACAAAAGAUUUUCUGAGAAGUCUCAUUUAGAAAAUCAUAUGCAUACACACACUGGAGAAAAGCCUUUUGUCUGCACAUUUUGUUGUAAGAGAUUCACCGAAAAGAGAAAAUUAACCAAACACCUAAGAACCCACACUAGAGGGAAGCUUUUUCCCUGCACAAUUUGCAACAAAAGAUUUUCUCAGAAGAUUAAUAUAGAAAGACACAUGCGUAUACACACUGGAGAAAAGCCAUUUGCCUGCUCAAGUCUGCAUAAUUCACUGCUUCUACUCACCUGCAAAGCACCGGAUGCUCUUCUACUGGUGCUCUACACCUCUUCUACCCCUGCCUUGUCGUUGUGA